CGACCAGGCAUCAGCUGCACACAGAAUGCAGCUCUUCGACGUGGUGUCGUGCUGGAAGGAGACAGGCGGCAGGUGAAGAGGUGAGAGGAGGAGGAUCUGACUGGAUUAUCAGAGAUUAACUGUGUGCCAGGGCGGCGGCAGCAGCAGCGGCAUCGUACAGUUUAGUCCCAGACUCAGCAGCAGCAGCAUUUCUCUCUCCUCACCAUGGCUGAGACUACGGGGAAAUUCGACUUUGCCAUCGACCGAGGCGGCACCUUCACAGAUGUGUUUGCACGGCUGCCCGACGGUCGUGAGAGAGUCCUGAAGCUUCUGUCCCGGGACCCCCAGAACUACAAGGACGCCCCCACUGAGGGGAUCCGCAGAGUCCUAGAGGAGGAAACAGGGCGGGCUUUUCCUCGCGAUCAGCCUGUGGACACUUCUCUGAUUGGCUGGAUCAGAAUGGGAACUACGGUGGCCACCAAUGCGCUGCUGGAGAGGGAGGGGGAGAGGACAGCACUCAUGGUCACAAAGGGCUUCAAGGACUUGCUGCACAUUGGCACACAGGCCAGACCAAAGCUGUUUGAUUUGGAGGUUGCGAUGCCUGAUGUCCUGUAUGAGGAGGUAAUAGAGGUGGAUGAGCGAGUCGUCCUCCAGCAAGAUAGCUGCAAGCUUCCCAGGAAAGAUGCCAAACGUAUCGUCACAGGCAGUACGGGGGAUUCUUUGGAAGUGUGGAAGGAGCUAGAUCUGGAGCAAGUGGAAAAAGACCUGAGGGGAGUUUUGUCUCGCGGUAUCACCAGCCUGGCCGUCCUUCUGCUGCAUUCAUACACGUGGUCAGAUCAUGAGAGAGCAGUGGGCUCUUUGGCGCUCCGUCUGGGCUUCACCCAGGUGUCUCUUUCCAGCGAGGUCAUGCCGAUGGUGCGGGCCGUCCCUCGAGGCUAUACAGUUUGCGCCGACGCCUAUCUCACUCCCAAAAUUCGUCAGUAUUUAAAAGGCUUCACGUCUGGCUUCAGGGGUGGCCUGAAGGAAGUGGACGUGUUAUUCAUGCAGUCAGAUGGAGGUCUGACUCCCAUGGAGCAGUUCUGUGGUUCUCGGGCCGUUCUAUCCGGUCCAGCGGGGGGUGUGGUGGGAUAUGCCAUCACCUCUUACAGCCAGAUGGAGAAAAAACCUGUGAUUGGCUUUGAUAUGGGAGGAACUUCCACUGAUGUGAGUCGAUAUGCAGGCCAGUAUGAACAUGUGUUUGAAGCUACCACAGCAGGAGUCACCCUGCAAGCACCUCAGCUGGACAUCAACACUGUAGCUGCAGGUGGAGGAUCCCGACUGUUCUUCAGAUCAGGGAUGUUUAUAGUUGGACCAGAGUCUGCAGGUGCACAUCCAGGACCGGCCUGUUACAGAAAAGGUGGCCCUCUGACUGUAACCGAUGCUAACUUAGCCCUGGGUCGCCUCCUUCCUUCCUUUUUUCCAAAGAUCUUCGGGCCUGGAGAGAACGAACCCUUGUCCUUGGAGGAGACGACGAAACAUUUCCGUCGUCUCACUGAGGAGAUCAACCUCUUUCUGUCUUCUAACCAAUCACAGGCUACCUCUAAUGGAGCUAACCACUCACACAAGAGCAUGUUGCCAACCAGCCAGUCAGUGAUGAGCAUGGAAGAGGUUGCUAUGGGAUUUAUUCGUGUUGCAAAUGAGGCCAUGUGUCGGCCAAUCAGAGCUCUGACGCAGGCGAAGGGUCAUGAUACAUCCCAGCAUGUGUUGGCAUGUUUCGGGGGUGCAGGUGGCCAACAUGCCUGUGCUAUUGCCCGAGCCCUGGGGAUGAAGACUGUCUUUAUACAUAAGUACAGUGGCGUGCUGUCAGCAUAUGGUUUGGCUCUUGCAGAUGUGGUGGAGGAGGUGCAGGAGCCGUGUUCGCUGCAGUACGAGCAGCACUCUUUCGGCGAGCUCGACCGGAGGGUGGAGCAGCUCUCCAAACGCUGCCACGAUACGCUCUGUGCACGUGGCUUCACCAGCGGUCAGAUAACCACUGAGGUUUUCCUCCACCUGCGUUACGAAGGCACCGACUGCGCUCUCAUGGUCACUGCGGAUGGAUACCCCAGCAACAACCAGUCCUGUCGAGCUGGUGACUUCCGCAGUGCCUUCACCAAACGUUACCUGAAGGAGUUUGGAUUCACCAUCCCAGACAGACCCAUCAUGGUGGACGACAUCAGAGUGAGAGGUUGUGGAAAAUCUGGUAUCAAGUCUGUGUAUAAAACAAAGAUGGGACACAGGCAGGCCAAACCUGUCACGAUGACCAAGUGCUACUUUGAGGGUGGUUACCUGGACACCAGUGUGUACUUAUGGGAGGAGCUGCCAUGUGGUUACAGCAUCCAAGGACCAGCCAUCAUCAUUGACAAAAACAGCACCAUCCUGGUGGAGCCCUGCUGUGAGGCCUGUUUAACAGAAGAGGGCGACAUUUGCAUGACUGUAGGCUCAGACCCUCAUUGUACUCUGGGCACUGAGCUCAACACUGUGCAGCUCUCCAUCUUCUCCCACCGCUUCAUGAGCAUAGCAGAGCAGAUGGGCAGAGUUCUCCAAAGAACCUCCAUCUCCACAAACAUCAAGGAGCGUCUGGACUUCUCCUGUGCUGUGUUUGGACCAGAUGGAGGCCUAGUGUCCAAUGCGCCUCACAUUCCUGUCCACCUGGGGGCUAUGCAAGAGACGGUCCAGUACCAGAUCAGAUCACUGGGGAACAAGCUGAAGGAAGGGGAUGUGAUUCUGAGUAACCACCCAUGUGCCGGAGGGAGCCAUCUCCCAGACCUCACCGUCAUCACACCAGUGUUUAGAAAAGGAGUGAGCGGUCCUGUGUUCUUUGUGGCCAGCAGGGGGCACCAUGCCGACAUCGGAGGCAUCACUCCAGGCUCCAUGCCCCCCCACUCUACCUCCCUUCAACAGGAGGGAGCUGUCUUCACUUCCUUUAAGCUCGUCACUGGGGGGGUCUUCCAGGAAGAAGCUGUAACUGAAGCUCUGAUGGCUCCAGCCCAGUACCCAGACUGCUCUGGGACUCGUAAUCUCCAUGACAACCUGUCAGACCUGCGGGCUCAGGUGGCAGCCAAUCAGAGAGGCAGCCAGCUGGUGGCAGAGCUGAUUGACAGCUAUGGGCUGGCUGUGGUUCAGGCCUACAUGGGCUACAUCCAGAGUAAUGCAGAGCUGGCAGUGAGGGACAUGUUGAGGGAUUUUGCACGUCGACAGCGGCUACAAACCGGCUCCUUGGAGGUGGAGUCGGAAGAUUUGAUGGACGAUGGGACGGCAAUCAGACUUCGCGUCCAGAUUAAUGAAAAAGAGGGCAGUGCGGUGUUUGACUUCACAGGGACAGGAACAGAGGUGUGGGGGAACUGCAAUGCUCCACGGGCCAUCACACUCUCUGCUCUCAUUUAUUGCCUGCGCUGCAUGGUGGGACAGGACAUUCCCCUAAACCAGGGUUGUCUCGCACCGAUUCAAGUCAUCAUCCCUCCUGGUUCCAUCCUGCAACCUUCCCAGAAUGCAGCUGUUGUUGGAGGAAAUGUGCUCACAUCCCAGAGAGUGGUUGAUGUCAUUUUUAGGGCGUUUGAGGUGUGCGCUGCCUCACAGGGCUGCAUGAACAACAUUUCAUUUGGAAGUGAGAGGGUUGGUUAUUAUGAAACCGUUGCCGGGGGAGCGGGGGCGGGGCCAGGCUGGAACGGGCGCAGUGGCGUCCACAGUCACAUGACCAACACCCGCAUCACUGACCCCGAGAUACUGGAGAAGCGGUAUCCAGUGAUUUUAGAGCAGUUCUCUCUGCGGCCCGGCUCAGGAGGAGCAGGGAAACACUGCGGCGGAAACGGUGUGAUCCGUAAACUCCUGUUCAGGAACAAGGUUGUUCUGUCUGUCCUGACAGAGAGGCGAUCCACCCGCCCCUACGGUCUCCAGGGGGGUGAGGAUGGUGCAGCAGGACUGAAUCUCCUCCACAGAGCAGAUGGACGAGUGCUCAACCUGGGAGCUAAAACCAGUGUCAGCCUUCAGCCUGGGGACAUGUUCUGCCUCUACACUCCUGGAGGAGGUGGAUAUGGAAGAGAGGAUGAACAUAAUAGCAGACCUCAGAUCAAGAGGAGGCGCUUGAAUGAGACAUUCCCUGAGAGGGGUAGCGUCUUUGAAUAUCGAAUGGCACAAGAGGGAGUGUGAAAAGAAAUGAGAAAGGGAGAAGGAGUGAACAGUCAGGCUGGGGUGAAAGAGCGAAGCAGGUAGGGAAAUCACAGGAAAACAGGCAGAGUUAAGAGAUGGAAAAGUCGGAGUGAGGCUGUUUUUCAGAUGUAGUGUCUUUAAAAUGAACAAGAAAAGCAGUAGUAGAAACAGUUUCAUCAGAAUACUGUGAGAAAUAGCACAUACUGAACUUAGAAUGGAGAAUUUUAACAGUUCCUCAUCCCAGGAGCUACAAUCAUAGUCAGCACUUCCAGCAAUCCUGUUUUGCAGUAUCUGUGUCCAGACAGACAUUUUAAACGUGUUACAUACAUGAACGUGACAUAUAUGAAUCAUCCUAACAGUAACAGGCUGUGCUCACAUCAACAAGCCAAGACUCUGAAUACUAAUAGCUCAGGCUAAGGCUAAUUAUGUGAAAAGCAAACUGACCAGAGAGCAUCUUGCAACAAGAUGACACCAGCAGUGACGCCCGUCAUCAUUUUGACAUUUCGGCAUGAGCACUCAGUGACACUUACUGUUAUAGAAACUACCACAAAGGCAGUUUUGAAUACUUCUGCAAGCUUUUACUUAUAUAUGUCUAUCUGUCCUUGGAGAGAUUUUGUCAACAGAGCAGCGUUAAAGAAGUCCAGGAAGCAGUAGCAAAGCUUUAUAGGUGUGUAGUUCGGAUCAAAAUGAAGCCAGAGUUCAAAUGUGGGUGUUUUCUGACCCUUAAAAACUAAAUUGUCUCUUAAUAUAGUAAUGGGUUGGAACGUCAUGAGUUGACAGACGGCACAGCUGUUCUGACCCCAUUGCAAAAUGUUCUCUAGUUUAAGUUCUUUGUUUGAAUUCCAGUCUAAGCAUCUCAAGUUAAAGCCAAUUAUGUGAAGCAGCUGCUAAUUUGUUUUAACUGGACAAUCACUUAUUCAAUAUCUCAACAUCACAAUGUGGUUUUUUUUGUUAUUUUUAACAAGACACACAAUUAAACCUCAUUUCUACUAAUGAAA